UAUUAAGUAAAUCAACUAUCAAGUUUGUCUUUGAGUCCGCAAAUUGUGUCCUUAUAAUUUUGUUUCAUGGCGUUAACUAUGCUAAAGUUAAAGACUUCUGUCGGAUUAGCGAAACGUGCUAUUCCGACCGUUAUACAAGCGGCCAAACAUUCGUGGGAACCAAAAGAAGUGGAAACGCACACUGGUCAGGUGAGUUGUUUGUCAACGGCAUUGGCAAUGAAUUAUAUCAUAUUUCUAUAGUAUAUUGUAUUAAUAUUAUACCGGGUCAUAGAAAUGGGAAGAAAAUGAUUAUCGUUUAGCUCGUUAUAUUGACAAGGAGAAACAAGUGAACCCAUCAUUCGCCAUCAAUUUGAUUAACGAAGUACCGCCAGCUGCUUGUACAUCACGAGUUGUAUACUGUGACGGUGGUGGCGGACCACUAGGUCACCCAAAAGUCUACAUAAACUUGGUAACUAGUCUUGGUAGAUUUUUAUAAUGUUUGUUAUGCAUAGUUUUAUUAUUGACACAAUGUGUAACAUAUUUUCUCUAUUAUUUCAAAAUGUUUUACUUAAGAACUUUGUCACUCAAGGUUUAUAGAUAGUCUAUAAAUUAUCUAAAAACCUUGCUUGUCACUAACACUAGUUUUUUCUACCUGACUCCCUUCGUAAUAUAAAAACAAAUGAAUUGCAAAUUUUCAUAAUUUGCUACCCUCGUUAGGCUUAGAGCAAAGGGAUCUAUUGUACGAUUUAUGAAUAUGAGCAAUUUAGGGUGACUAUAAUAAAAAAAAAUUAAAAAACAGCACAAAAUAAUUUCAGUAAUUUUUCGUAAUUACAACUAUAUUAUUAAUUAUUUUAAAUAUACUGGUAAAUAUACUUUAUGUAUAUUAUCACCGGUAUCAAUUCUUGUGAUUAUUAUUUUACAUGAAUACAAUUGCAAUCAUUGUCAUAAUCUAUAAUGAGUAUUUGUGUCAACAAAUUUAUAUUAUUUAAAAAUAAAAUACAAUUUUAAUUUGUGUGUUAAAACUAUAAAAUAUUCAUUUCUAAUAAAAUAAAAUAAGAAUUAAUACAAAAUAAUUUGCAUUGACAUAAAAAAAAACAGAACAAAAAAUGCCUUGAAAGAUCAGGACAUCAGGACACAAAGCUGAACAAAAUGGACAUUCCUGCAUAAAACAGAACAUAUGGUCACCCUAAAGUAUUUAUUACUAUAUGGAUUCUACAAAUUAUUUGUUUAAUAUUUUAAUAUCUCUGCAACUUAUUAAUUGUUAAAAUUAAAUAAAAUAAAAAUGCAAAUAUCUUGAUAAAAAAUAUAUAUAUAUUAAAAAAAUAAAUAAUUUGUAGGAUCCAUAUUAGAUAUUAUUUUUUUAAUUUUUUUUUUUUAUAUAAAAAGGAUAAUAGGUCACUUUUCGUUAUACACUACCGGAAAAAAACAAACAUGGAGAUAUAAAAUGUCUUUGUUGCUAUAAUACGUGCGAGACAGACAGAGAAAAUGUUAGGAUUUUUGUCCAUCAACAUUUUUAUGACCAAUUAAUCACAUAUUUGUUGGUCAAAGUUAUCAUUUAGUAAAAACCUCUUGUUUUUAAAAUUAUAUUCAGAUGUAAUAUUUAAAUGAAAAAAAUGUACUCAAAUUGCCAAAUUAUCAAUCAAAGUGUUUUAAAUUUUAGUUCAAUAUAAUACUUUCAAAAUAUUAUUUUAGUUUUGUAUUAUAACAAAACAAUUUUGUUGUAAUUUAGAUAUGGACCGUUAAUUUUAGAAAUACAUUUGCUAUCUAACUACUGACAAAAUAUUCAAACAUGUUUAACUAGCUAAAAUUUCAAUAAGUUAUUUUGAUGAAAUUUUAACUUUUAUUUUGUUUAUUAAAGUAUUUAAAUAGGUAUUUAACAAUGUUCAAUGAAUUAAUAAAAAUUGCAUAUUUUUAUUAUAAAUUAAAAUUUUUAAAUGUAGUAUAUUUAAUGGUUUUGUUUUUCUUUUUAUUUAGGACAAACCAGGCAAUCACUCCUGUGGUUAUUGUGGCUUAAGAUUUUUCAAGAAAGAUGGUCAUCACUGAUCACCAUGAAUAGAUAAAAAGUUUUAUUUGAAGGCCGUGUUGAUAUUAGAAAUAAAUUAAAUUUGUUUAAAAGAAUCUAGAAUGUAUUGAUUAAAAUAUGAUUUAUACCUAAUCAAUAUUUUUAUAUAAUUAUUAAUAUUAAUAAAUGUUAACUUAAAAGACAAGCCAAGAGAUUUAUAAUUCUUAAAAGAUGUAUUAGUACCUGAUUGUAAUACCACAUUGAAAUUUCAUAGUAUGGUUAAUAACGUUGGCGUUUAAAUACCUUAUAAAACACCCUGACUGUUAUGUAUUAAAUUUAUAUUCACAAUUAAAAUUAAAAUAUAUUUAAAGAAAAAAACAAACACACUGGAAAACAUUAUUAAAUCAGCCAGUUCAAAUUAGAAUAAUAUUUACUUUUAGUAAUUCAUUUUGUAAAAUAAUAUACAAGUAUAGUAGUGUAUCAAAUGUAUUAGAUAAAAUAUAAAAUUACUGUAAACAUAUGGACACUGGUAAAGUUUUUGAAUUUCAAUCGAUUUCAGUAAAUUUUAGGAUAAUAUACAUACAAAUAGUUUGGCAAAACCAUAAAUCUUUAUUAUAAAUCAGGAUUUUAUACAGGGUAUUAGGUAAAUCUUAUUACAAAUCUCCAUGGUAAACAUUCUGAUAGUUUCUAAUUUGUUUCAAAGAGAUAAUUUUGCAUUGUAAUUCAGUAAAAAAUAAUUUUAGAAACAUUGUGGUUCUUGCUUCACAAGCAAAUUCACAUAUUAUUUAAUAUGUCCUUACCCAAAUCAUCUCUUAUGAAUAUAAAUCUAUUAACUUCAAUGCACAUCAUAGUUGAAUUUUUAUCAAAUACCGCAGAAAGUAAAAAAAAAAAGACAGGCAUACUUCACACUUGGGUGCAGCCAAUUGUAGGUGGGAAAUUGGGAUAGUAGGCUACAGACGGGAAUUUAAUGUAUAUCUGUAAUCAAAAAUGAAUCAUUGCUAUCGAAAAAACAAUUCUGAGC